AUGCCAACUCUUAAUUUAUCGCGGGUUUUGAGCGCUUUGGCCCGGGCCGUCCGGGGCAGAAACCAAACCGAGCGGGGCAGAAACCAAACCGAGCGGGGCAGAAACCAAACCGAGGAUGAUGAGCGUCUGUCGCCAGUAAACGACUAUCAAUUGGACUAUCUGCAUCUCUCGGCUGAGGAGAUAAAAAUGAUGUCUGUUUUGGGUCAGCAAGCCAAGAAAACGAGACGUGGACUUGACGGAUCCUUAUAUGGCAUCCUGGGGGCGCCCCAAUCUCCCUCGGCACAAUCAGAUAUAUCCCUGGCUACAGUCACCAGGCCGCUGUUUGAUCGCGGACCCCUACCGGAAGAUAAAUCAUUGCAACCAUCCUCAGACAUAUCUCAACAGUCCCUUACUUGGCCACGGUCAUACACAGCGUCUCCCUCUCUGGGGCACUGUGAGCGCCACCAGCAGGGAAAGGUAUUCAAUGCUGGCGAUGUUUAUAAUCAGAGUGUCCAGGCUACGGUGGUCGCUCAAGAAGCAUGUCCCCCAGGCCAAGCUUCGGAUACCACUUCAAAAGACACUGGAGAUAUUACAUCUGACCUGCUGGAAGAGAUCGGUGAAAUCUUUUCGAGUUCAAAUUACUCGGCAACUCGGGACAUGUACUGGAGAGCUGACCAGGCUUCCGGCGCUUAG